AUGUCCUCUGAAACACCGCCGGCGACGAAGGGUAAGAAGAUCAAGCAGGUCUUCAAGUCGGCCGCACGACUACCUCGCGCUCUCAAGGCUGGAAGAGGGAAUGGGAGAAACGACUUCUCCCCACGUCCUGGAGAGCCACCGGUCGUUAUCCUCAAGGUUCAAGUCGUUGGAUGUCUCAAUUUGCUCGCGAAGGAUCGAGGUGGCACGAGCGACCCCUUCGUCGUGGUCUCUGUUCUCAACACUCGCCAUCAAACGCCUGUUAUCAAGCGAACCCUCAACCCUGUCUACACCCCUAAAGAUGCCACCUUCGAGUUCCCCAUCUAUCUGUCACUCGCCGAUCGGCUUGGUGUCGUCGAAUUUAUCGUCUGGGAUAAGGAUAUGCUGAAGAAGGACUACCUCGGAGAGGUCUCGCUCUCGCUAGAGGACUGGUUCGUUGGGAAAGGGGAGAAGAAGGAGGUAGCCUAUAGCUUUGACGAUCCGGCUAACCAGCCUAUCUCCCUCAACCUCGUCUCCACGCGCGCCAACACGUCCUCGACCGGCAGCGUCCAGAUCAAGCUCGGAUUUGCACCCACAACCAACUCGAACAAUCUCAUGGAGUUCGACGAAAUCUAUUCUGAGCUCGUCAAGCGUUCGAGGCCUUCUGUGGUCUCUGCUCCGCCUACCGAAGGUGUAGGCACCAUCCGUUCGAACCAGAUCGGUGGUGCCCAGUACGAAGACGACGGUGGGCUGUCCUCAGACUCCUCAGACUCUGACGACGAAGCAGAAUACGUCGACGCGUCGGACACAACUCCUCCCAGCUCCUCUUCGUCAUCUCCUAAGCAGCUACUCGACAUCUACAUACCACCAGGCGAGUCCAGCGACUCCGAUGCGAAGACAGCCCCAGCGAAACCCCACGCGCCACUUCCCGAACUCACCAUCCAACCAUCGUCUCCUGCCACACCUACUCCCGGCAGUUUACCUACACCGAUGGCGAUUGAGCCGACGCCCAAGGCGUCAACCGGAUUCGCUGUCAAAACGCCCACGUCAGCAAGGUUCAUCCCGAAGAAAUUCGUACGCAAGUUCUCCGGUCUCACAGGAUCGAGCACCAGCACCAGCCCAGGCGACUCGCCCAACUCACCUGCCGCCGCCAGCCCCGCCGUCGACUCUCAUGGCAACCUCGUAGCACCCAUCCCAGAGAGCGGCAACGCGAAGAAACGAUCAGCGAGUCGCGAAAGGAUCAAGUUCGGGAGGAGUUGGAGCUCUGGCAACGUCAAUGCGGCUGCUGCUACUUCGUCGCCGUCGUCAGGUGCGAGCACCCCUGGCGAGCAGAGCGGGACGGCCCUGGCUCCAACACCGACACCGUCAACGACGGCGACCCCUGUGGCGGGUGCAGAAGGGUCAAAGACGGGAUUGGUGGCGAUGGGCGGUAGGAGGAAGAGGGGUGAUUAUCAGUUCAAGGGCGCGAAUGAUAUCGUGGGCAUUGUGAUGUUGGAGAUUCAAGGAGCGGAUGACCUACCUAGGCUGGCGAACAUGACGCGUACUGGGUGGGACAUGGACCCCUUUGUUGUCAUCUCCUUCGGCAAGAAAGUCUUCCGCACUCGCGUCAUUCGGCAUUCGCGUAACCCCGUCUGGGACGAGAAGAUGCUCUUCCACGUUCGCCGCUACGAGACAUCGUUCAAGAUUCAGCUCAACAUCCUCGAUUGGGAUAAGCUCAGCUCUAACGAUCACAUCGGUGACGCCAGCCUCGACGUGAAAGAACUCCUUGCCAAUGCACCUCAGCCUGACCCCGUCACUGGCCUCUACGCUGCUGGAGAGGAGGAAGGAGGCGGAGAGAAGGGGAUGAGGGCAUUCAAUCUGCCGUUGUCGACUGCGAAAGAGACGUCAUGGGAGGGGAAACAUAAUCCGGUGAUCAAGUUCAGGGCGAAGUAUCAGCCAUACGACGCGCUUCGGCAACGUUUCUGGAGGCAGUACCUCACGCAGUACGACACAGACGACACCGGUGCACUUUCGCACCUCGAGCUCACGUCCAUGCUGGAUUCGCUCGGUUCUACCCUCACGAGUUCGACCAUCUCUUCAUUCUUCACUCGCUACGGCAAGAAACCCCACGAGGAUGAAAUAUCCAUCGAGCAGGCCGUUCUGUGCCUCGAAACCGAGCUCGGACGUCCUGCCAGCGAACGUAAACGGAUAGACGAUGACACCACCAACGACUCGUCCGUUAGUGCAACGCCGUUGCUCUUGGUGUCCGAUGGUAAAGGCCAAGCCCUGGACCUCGACCAACUCGACUUCUCCGGCCCAUCACAUGUUGGAGGAGCUGCGCCAGAGGGAAAACCGGGUCCACCUGGUCCAUACCACACAGAGCCCAUGCAACAGCCCCUUUCGCAUGCUGCGACUGGCCUCUCGGACCUUAGCUCGAGUGAAGCCGAGGAUGUGUCGAGUACUAGCGGUGGUGGUACGCCUGCUGUCGACGGAGUGCCUGCUACGCCCGGAGCAGGUGGUGAAGAGAAGAAAAAGAAGAGAACGCGGUUCCGCCGCAUACGCAAGUCGGACGAGGGCAAGAAGAAACGUUCCAAGGAACCGUCCAGCGAAGACUCGGCCGCUGGCUCGGACGACGGCGUCGAGCGCAUCAUUAAUGUCAAGAACUGCCCCCUCUGCCACCGCCCUCGCCUGAACUCGAAAGCAGAGAUCGACAUCAUCACUCACCUCGCCGUCUGCGCUAGCCAGGACUGGAACAAGGUCGACCAGAUCGUUGUGGGCAACUUCGUCACGGCGAGUCAGGCGCAAAGGAAGUGGUACACGAAGGUACUUUCCAAGGUCUCGAGUGGCGAUUAUAAGCUCGGAGCGAACUCGGCUAAUAUCAUCGUUCAAAAUCGGUCAUCGGGCCAGUUGGAGGAGGAGAAGAUGCAGGUCUACGUUCGUUUGGGGAUCCGACUGUUGUAUAAGGGUGCUACUAGUCGAAUGGAAGGUGGUCGAGCUCGUCGUCUGCUCAAAUCGCUUUCGAUUAAGCAAGGUGUGAAGUACGAUGAUCCCGAGUCGGCGAAGGAGAUCCCAGCGUUCAUUGAGUUCCACUCCUUGAGCGUUGAAGAAAUUCUUGACCCGCUAGAUUCAUUUAGAACGUUCAAUGAAUUCUUCUAUCGGAAACUCAAAGAUACUGCACGUCCUGUCGAAGCUGCGGAAGACCCUACCCGUAUCGUCAGUGCCGCUGACUGCCGUUUAAUGGCCUUUGAAACGGUCAGCGAGGCCACGAGACUUUGGAUCAAGGGACGCGAGUUCACCGUCUCGCGUCUUCUUGGUGAGGCGUACAAGGGCCAGGCCGAGAGGUAUACUGGAGGAGCUCUCGCGAUCUUUCGCCUCGCUCCUCAGGACUACCAUCGUUUCCAUUCACCUGUUUCAGGGACGAUCGGCCCCAUGACUUACAUUGCGGGCGAGUACUACACCGUUAACCCUCAAGCCAUCCGCACGGCACUCGACGUGUACGGCGAGAAUGCACGCAAGAUCGUCCCCAUCGAUAGCCCUGAAUUUGGCCGCGUGAUGGCCGUGUGCGUUGGUGCAAUGAUGGUGGGUAGCAUUCAAACCACGGUCGAAGAAGGUGAACAGGUGAAGAAAGGGCAGGAGUUCGGGUAUUUCGCUUUCGGUGGAUCAACUAUCGUUAUGCUCUUUGAAAAAGGCAAGGUGGUGUGGGACGAGGACCUCCUCGUCAAUGGUCGUGCUUCGUUGGAGACCUUAGUCCGUGUUGGUAUGGGAAUUGGCUAUCUGCAGAACUAG